AAAAAAAAAUGACUCGAACAAACGAUGAAGAUAAUGAUGGCCAUCCAAAAACAAUGAAUAAAAAAAUUAUCCGUUCAGCCAAAUCUGCAAAAUCAGUAAUCGGUAAUGAUCGAAAUCGAUUAUAUAAUUUUCGUUUAAACGUAUGUGGUUCACAAAAAAUAUCACAAUUACGUUUACAAUUUAUUUUACAACCAUUUAGAAUAUUAUUUGAACAAUUUCCACAACAAAUAAAAGAAUUACAAACGAUGAUUGAUGAUUUUAAUUAUAUUGAUGAUAGCAACAACGGUGGUGGUAGCCAAACAACAACAAAAAACUGUAAUCAAUCUUUGAAUAAAGAUCAUAUGGAUAAACAAAAAAAUUCAACAAAAAUCACUACCACCACCACCAUCAAUGCAACCAUAAUGAAGGCAACAAACAUGUCAAAAAUGUUUUUGCUUAAUCAAAAAUCUAAACAACAACAACAACAACAUUGUUGUUGUAAUUAUAAUUAUCAUCAGAUACCAUUAUUUUUAACAUAUAAUGGUUAUAUUGAUUCAGAUCAAGAUUUAAUGAUUUUAUUGAAACAAUUAGAAAAAUAUGAAGAUUUUUAUUUGGAUUGGUCAAAAUCAUUUAUACGUUCGAUUCAACUUUGUCGUCCAUCACAAUUUGCUAAUAAUAAUAACCGGUUAUCAAGUUCACAACCAAAUUCACAACAAAAUAUUGAUAUUGAAACAAAAGAUUAUUGUUUGACCUGUGUUGAUGAAUUUGCUGAAUCUAUACGGGAAUCAUCAAAUUAUCAUCAAAUUCUAAUGCAAAGAUUUCGUAUGAUUAUUAAAAUGCAACGUAAUCCACAUUUGAUUGAUUAUCAAACGCAUUUUGAUAUUGGUAUUCGACAAAUUUAUUAUGAUUUAAUGUUAAAACCA